AUGAAUAAAGGCGUGGUUAAGAAUUCUGCAGUCUUGGAGGGGGAAGUUCUGGAGGAGAGGCAGCAAGCCUCAGUGCCCAGAGCAGGCCGCCGGGCCGAGCAGGGCGGCGGGUCUCUCGGGAGCGGCGCCCGGAACUUCGAGGCUCGGGGGGACGUCCCUGGCCCGACGGGGAGGCGAACCUUUCUCAAGGGCAAGGGGGGCCCGCCUUGGGCUCCGGCUCGGCCAAGCCAGGCUCCGGCUUCAGCAAGCCGGGCCCCGCCGCGGACAGGGCCGAGGGAGGGGAACAAAGGGGCUAAGCGGGUUAGUCGGCAAGCAGCCCGGGCGACCUCACCCGGAGCCGGGGUCUCGCUCUCCGCACGCCGCCGGGCAUCCGGGAUCCCGGCCCCCAGGUCGGGCCCUUCCGACCGCCUGAGGCUCUUCCGCCUCCCCGUCCCUCAAGCUCUUACCCGGGCUUGUCGUCCCAAACCGCUCUGGUCCAGCUCCGAGCAGGCCGCGGGCAGAGCCAGGCCCGGCCGCGGCCCUCGAGUUACCAGGAAGCCGCAGGCCGCGCAGGUCGAGCCGGGCAAGCGGCACAGGAAAAGCCGCGCCUUGUCCCUCCCCUUCCUCCGCGGGGACCUGGUAACAGGGAAGCGAGAGGUUCUCCCGACCGGCGGCAGCCAGCGCACGUCCGGUCCCCGGCACGCGGCUCCUCAGGCCCGCACCUCAGAGGCCCGCGCGGUGCUGCCGGCAGCAGCGGGGGGCGGCCGCGUCCAUCGCGAUCCCGGAGGGGGAAGGGAGGAGGGUCGGGUAAGAGCGGGGCGGGGAAGCUGCGGAGGGCAGCGGAGCUCGGCGGAGGCGGAGCAAAUCGACUCUCCCGGCAGCGACCCCACCGGCCGCCAGGUGGGGCGCUGCUGAGAGCGGUCAGACGGCGGCGUGGUAGCCCCAACCUGGGGAACCCGGCGGCAGGACGCGUGGCCCUCAGUACCAGGACGCUCUGGCCCUGAGGGCCUCAGAGUCCCCUGUCAGCUGUCGCUUUUCUGUCGUGCACCCGCUCCCAGCACCCCCGCACACUGGUGCACGCACGCUCAGCCUGUUUUGCACCGUGCCUACACACUUAGCGUGCUGCUGCUUUUAGGCCCCCACGCUACACGUCAUCGCUGUGGCCAACCUGUCCUUGCCGAGCCCCCGCCGGCCUGCCGGCCCGUACUGAGCCGCAAGCUCCUCUCCUCCCCGCGGGGCAGCCUUACUCGAGCACGGAAGUGCGUCGCAGGAGGAAAAGCACCACCGUGGGGUCUUAGGAGGCAAGCCGCCCGCAGUUCACCAGAAGGAAAACCUUUCACCACAGGCCUGGGAAGUAAAUAUUUUCCAGCAGUAUCUCCAUUGCAAUGAUAAGAGAACUGAGGCUCCAAAAAAAAGCGUAAAUUCAGGCCCAGUGACAUCCCGGGUAGAUUCUUUCCAGGAGAAUUUAAUAAUUAAGCAGUUGCUGAUCCCAGAGCAUUAUCAUCCAAAAGGAAGGAAAUGAGGAUGGGCAGAAGACAGGCCACCAGCUGAGAACCUAUUUGGUGGCAGUGAUGGGAUCCAAAGGAAACUUCUGAAGGCUUCAGGAGUUAAGGAGAAACACAGAUGUGGACUGGUGGUUCCAUCAGUCGUUCUCCAUUUGUGUGGAAUCCCAGUCUCCAGUCCCUAUUUGUUGGGGUCUGUUGGGUUCAGUUCUUUCCCUAGCCCCCACAUCUACACUGGGACUUGCUGGUGUUGCACAUAAGGCCUUCUACUGGCCAGACUGCAAUAACAUCUAUUUGGUCACUCCUGGUAUGUUGAUGUGCACAUGAAGUAAAGGCUACAGCAGGUGGAAAUCGAGGAAGCCAAAAAGCUGCAAAAUUGGUGGGCACUGGUAGAGUAAGUACAUAAAAACUGUCAGAGUGCUUGCUACCUGA